AUGUCCGCAAAACCAGAGAAGCAGUUAGCUGAGCGAUUAGUUCAGCGUAAGGGACUUAUUGCGAUUCGCAAUGCGUUGGACACAUUUGUACGCGAAUAUAAUCACGAGCGCGAUGCUUGUGAGCUGAGUGUACGGUUGGAAUCCCUAGAUCGGUUGUAUGUCAAUUUCAUGGAGUGUCAGGAUAUCAUCGAAAAAUAUGACAAACCGGAGUCACUUGAUGAGCACAUUGAGGAACGAGUGGACUUCGAACAACGGUUCUGUAAAACGAAGGGGUUUCUUCUUGCAAAGCGCACAGGGGAUCUGAACGAAACUUUGAACAAUUCGUUGCAGGGUCCACAACAAUUCGCGUCAAAUUUUCUUCUCCGUCUACCACAAAUAGAUUUACCAAAAUUCAACGGUGACUUCUCUCGUUGGAUUUCAUUCCGGGACACAUUUUCGUCAAUGGUUCAUGCAAAUGCUGACAUUCCCACCGUUGCAAAAUUGCAGUAUCUUAUUCAAUCACUCGAAGGGGAUGCCAAGAAACCAUUUGAAUCGGUGGACAUCGAAGCCGACAACUACGCAGUUACAUGGGAUGCACUUCUAAAGAGGUACGACAAUUCACGGUUCCUAAAGAAGCAGCUCUUUCGCGCAUUAUACGACUUACCAGCAGUCAAGCAGGAGUGUGCGAAACGCAUUCACACUUUGGUCGACGAUUAUCAACGUCAUGUUCGCGCCCUAUCUAAACUGGGUGAACCCGUGAAUCAUUGGGACACGCCGCUCAUCAAUUUGCUUUCGUACAAGCUGGACCAAGCAACGCUAAGAUCGUGGGAGGAGAAAACGAGUCAAAAGGAAAAUGUUAGGUACGAUGAACUGAUCGAGUUUCUAUAUCAACGGGUUCGUGUUAUCAAUUCCGUUGGUUCAGAUAGCCAUCAUUCAGCCUCAUUGAAGGUGGCCGGCAAUCAACAGAAGUACUUCAAGCAGAAAGUGUCUGCUAACACAGCAUCAACAUCAACUCCGAGUUACUCCUGUCCGCUUUCAUGUUCGGACAAUCAUUCGUUGCGUUCCUGUCCGAUAUUCCUGGGAAAGAACAUAAACCAGCGUCGAGAACUGGUCUCGCUGAAACGGUUAUGUUGGAACUGUCUCAGUUUGGGUCACCAGUCCAAGAAAUGUAAUUCGAAAUUCACUUGUCGUACAUGCCACGAGAAGCAUCAUUCGCUCUUGCACGAUCCUACUCCAUUGAGGGUUUCAUCCAAAUCAGCCAACCAAAUAAAUUCAUCUGUGUCAUCUACUAUGUCAUCGAAUUCCGCUGUCCCUACAGCAUCUCUGGUUCAACAGCCGCUUCCCUCUACGUCACAAAUCGUAGAAUCCUCUGGUUCCCGCCAAGUCAGCAUGGCAGUUCAAACUGCAUGCACCAUGACACUGUUGGAAACGGUUGUCCUCAAUAUCGUCGACGAUUAUGGCAAUAAACACAAAGCUCGAGUUCUCCUGGAUUCGGCAUCGAUGUCGAACUUCAUAUCGAAACCGCUGGCGAAGAAACUCUACAGUCGCCGAACUUCGGUGGACGUGUCUGUCGCAGGCAUCGGAUCGUCCACGAAGACAAUCAACAGUGCAAUUACUGCAACCAUCGAGUCAGAAGAUCAAGUAUGCUCGAUGAAACUACAAUUUCUGGUCCUGAAGCAGCCCUCAGUCGAGCUGCCAACUAUUCCGAUUGACAUUUCGGCAUGGAAGAUGCCGAAUGUGAUGCUAGCAGAUCCUUUAUUCAAUGUUCCUGGAAGUGUCGAUAUGGUCAUCGGCAGCGAAAGCUACUGA